GGUUUAUUAUUAUUAUUAUUCUUCAAAUCUUAAGUCUACAUACAUGAUUAGAUUUUAUAUGCUGUGGUUUGUAAAUUGCAAAUUGUAAACAUUUUGAGGGAUACAUAUAACAAACUUUUCUUUUUUAACUAUUAUUGAUAUAUCAUGGAAACCAAUACAUGGUGUUUAAAAAAUAUAAAAACUGGGGAAAUCAUUUCUAUCUCGAAGUCUGUAUUUAGAGUGGGCAGAAAUAUAAAUGCUGAUUUAACUUCACUUACUAAUUCACUAUCAAGGAAUCAUGCUACAUUUUCUAUUUUAAUAGACGGUUUGCUUUAUCUUCAAGACAAUAAUAGCUGUAAUGGAACUUUUGUUAAUGAUCAGAAAAUUCAGUCCAUGGAAAUGAUAUUAAUUCACGAAGGAGAUACCAUUGGAUUUGGCUGUUGCGAAGAUCUUUGUAAAGAUCGAAAUUUUGAUACUCCUCCUUUAAUAUUCACAGUUUUGAAAAAAAAUAAUGAAGCACCAGGGACGGUCCUCAAGACAAAGGAAGAAGUGCAAACAGUGAAAGGUGAAUUUUCCUCAAUUCCAGAUUGUAUAAUAAUUUCGGACGAGGAAGAUGAUACAGAUCUAUUUAGUAAUAGUCAGAUAUAUAAAAUUUCUGAAAAAAUAAAAAGUGAACAGACGGCAGUGAAUGAAAAUGCGGAUCCAUAUUACAAUAUCAAGCAGGAACUUGAAGAUUUGGAUUGUUGUGAUAAUAAUAACCAAUAUAUAGUUGAUUUAACUGAAGAGGAAAACUGUUUUAAUAAGACAAGUGAUCUUUUAAAUAUUUUGGAAUCACCAAUACAGACAAGUACACAUACAGUCUUGAAUGAGGAAAGCUGCUUGCCUUCUAAUCAGAAAUACAAGACACCUCCAAUUAUAGAACCACAUUUUGUUAAGAAAAAAUUAAAAAAACAUGAUUCUACACCAGACAAUGAUAAAUUUAAAAAACAAAAUGACAAUAUUGGAAACGUUAAGUCCACUUCUAAAAGAAAGAUUGUUAUAUCAAGCCCACUUGUUAAGAAGAAACCAAGAAGUAGCAAUUUAUUAACAUCAAAAUGUGACAAGAAGUCAAUUGAAAAAGAGUUUAAUAAAAGGAGCACACAUAAAAGUCCUUCCGAUAAAAAAAAAUGUAAUGAUGAAAAUAAAAAUGCCAUUUUAGAAGAACGAAAAAAAAAGUUGAAGGAAAUAGCAAAUAGCAAUGAAAACUCCCACAGCAUCAAAGUAAAAACUGCUAAACAUAGGGCAAAAGUAAAAAAUUCUAGUAGUAGGGGAAAAUUUUUACUGGAAGGUUGCACAAAUCCACAAAAAAAUGUUGAUAAUACAGAACCUGUUCCAUCUACAUCUAAAACCAUGUCAGAACAUACGAAAAUGCAAACUGAAGAUCGAAAAAUACAAGAUACUACGAUUACUAGCAAUUUUAGCCCUAAAGAUGACUGUGCCAGACCGAAAAGCUUGGUAAAAUUUGCUAACCAGACAUCACACGAUUGUCAAGCUCCUGAUUCGACAUUUAUUGAAAACAGAUCGGGAAUAAUUUGGAAAACAGCGACAAACCUUCCAGGCUACUUGACUAAAAAUGUCCCUAAAAAUGUAACCAUUGAUGAUGGUAUAUGCAGACUUGUACAUUGGUCUGUAAACUGGCUAAUGGAACAAAAUAAUAUUGAUAGAAGUCCUCCCGUGAAUGGUGAGGUACAGCCUAAGCGGAUGCCUUUACAUUUUAAGAGUUUUUCGGAAUACGUUGAUACAGUUAGUGCUUUAACUAUGCUUGAAGUUUGGCAGUAUGUUUAUCAAAUGUUGUACAGUAAAGAUGAAGAGAGGUCACCUAUCAAGAUAUUUUUAAAUCAUAAGAGGAUUGUUGGUAACCUGACAUAUUUAGAUUGUGAAUGUUACCUGUCGGAAGAAAAUGUGAGAAACAAUACAAUACCUAGAAUGGAUGAUUUUGCAUUAAUUGAAUUGAAAUUAAAAGAUUCGAUGAAUUCUUAUAUGUAUACUGGUUUUGCAUACAUUAAAUUUUGUAAACGAAAAUAUCUAAAUGGCUCCACCCAAAUUGAUAAUCAUAUUGCUGCCCUUUGUUCGGGAAAACCAAAUGUAAAUUUAACAUUUAGUAUGGUGACGAGAAGUCUUGGAAAUAAAGACAUAAUAGGAAAACAGGUUAUGAUGAAAGUUAUCGCAAAUAUAGGAAGUUCCUUGAAAUUAUUGAAAAGUGUAAAGUAUUUAGAAACAUCGCCUAUUGGUAAAAAUAUUUUAUUACCUAAAAUUGAAGAUUUCAGAGUAUCGUCAGACGAUCAAGAUCUUAUUGUAGAGGUCAAUUUAAAUAAAGAACAAAAAGAAAUUGUAUUAGAAGCGAGCAGUUUAUGUUUAGGAAACAUUCCAAAAUUGUAUUUAAUUAAGGGCCCUCCAGGUACUGGCAAGUCGACUGUUGUAGUUAAUAUUGUUUUACAAAUUAUAUUACGCAGUAUAAAAGAUAAUACCAAAGAACCUCCAUUGAUUUUAUUAUCAGCCCCAUCUAAUACAGCAGUUGAUGGAUUGAUAUUGAAAUUAGCAGACACGAGGAAGAAAUUACCAGAAACGCAAAGAAGACAUAUGAAGAUGAUACGUUUAGGACCAGAAUCCAGUAUCAGUACAAGUGUCGAUAAAUUCAAAUUAAGUUCAUUGGCACGAAACCACAUUUUAAAGGAACAUAGGUUAACCAGUUCACAGAAAUACAAAGAUGCUCUAAAUAAGGGUAUUGAUAUAGAUCAUUUUUUAAAAAAUCACUUUGGACACAAUUAUUAUUAUGAAAUGAAAUGUGCUGAAGAUAUUUUACUUUUUGGUAGUAACAUAAUUUGUACUACUUUAAAUAGUAGUGUUGGCCCCAGGAUAUUAGAAGGCAAAAGGAGGGAUAGACUAAAAUUCACUUGCUGUAUUGUCGAUGAAGCAACUCAAUGCACUGAACCUGAGUCGUUGCUACCCAUUCAGUUGGGAAUUGAAAAAAUUGUACUUGUUGGAGAUCCCCAACAGUUACCUGCAGUUGUAUGUAAUAAAGAAGCUCAACAACUAGGAUAUGGAAGAUCUUUGUUUGCUAGAAUAGACGAAAAUUUCGCGAAUGAUGUUAACAGUCCGAUAAGGAUGUUAUGUGAACAAUAUCGAAUGAAGAGUGAAAUAUGUGAAUACCCAAAUAAGACAUUUUAUAAUGGAAAAUUGAAAUCAUUUCCCAUACACAUUAAUAGGGUUAUACCGGAAUUAAAACCCUAUUUGUUGUUUAACAUUCUCAAUACCGAAAAUGAGGAUGAAUCGCCAUACAGGAAUUCUCAGGAAGUCGGACUAAUUUAUAGCCUAUUAGGAACAUUAAAGAAAUUCAUUAAAGCUAAUUGUAAAUACACUAUUGGCAUCAUCACUCCAUAUAGAGCUCAAAAAGAAUUUCUUUUGGGACAGAUAGCCGGAGUCAAAUUUAAUGAAAAUGUUACAGUUACUGUCAAUACUGUUGAUAGUUUCCAAGGAAUGGAAAAUGAUGUUAUAAUCAUAUCUUGUGUCAGAUAUGCUCCCAACAAUUUUUUACAAAAUGAACAAAGAUUAAAUGUAGCACUGACGCGGGCUCGUCAAGCAUUAUACAUCAUUGGAAAUUAUUCAUUGUUUAAGCAUUGUCAGCCACUGUACGAUUUACGUGAAGAUGCAAAAAAAAGAAGAUUGUGUAUUGAUAUUAAAGAGUUUUGUAAAAAUAUUGACUUUUCCAAAUUUAUAUUUAAAUUAUAAUUUUAAGUUUAGUUUUUAA